CUUCAUGGAGAUAAAACAUGCCAACCGGUCAUACCGGUCAAAGUGUGAAAUAUUUGUAGUAAACUUGAACUCGGUUCGAUAAGUCUCAGAUAUAAUUGGUAUUAUUUUAAGGUUCGUUCGGCAAAAUUUUUUUUCACAUCUUGGUGUAUUCUUCUCAUACUCGUUUGUCGAAUUUGUGCCUGAUAAGUAUUUUAUUUUUCAACGUGUAGUAGAAAUAAUAUUAUAAGCUGGAGCAUCGAUUGCUGAUCAUUUCUUAUUAAAAACAGCAAUUCGAGAAGAUGCGAGAGUUGAAAGUACUUUCGUACGUAUUGAUAUUCUUAUCAAUAGUUUAUCAAUCUCAACAAAGUGUUAACGAUGCGAUCAUCGAAGUUUUGCACCAUUGGACCUAUCCGGAUUAUUUAUACCCGAGUCAGCAAGCACGAACUGUAGCAACGAACCAACAGCUCUUCAUUCCGGAGAAUGUAGCUAUUUUGGAUACGGAUUAUUAUUUUUCCAAUGUAACAUACACCAAGAGAGUUUUCGUCACAACGCCUCAAUUCAGAAACGGAAUACCAGCCACAGUUUCGGAAGUUUCGAGAGAACUCAAUUCCAGAGGAGAAUAUUUACUCAGACCGUUCCCAAGCUGGGAUGAAAGUGGUGCUGCUUCUUGCGAUGCUGCCAGAUCUGUUUAUCGGAUCCAUAUCGACAAAUGUGGCUUAUUAUGGGUUUUGGAUACAGGAAGAAUAAACACGUUUACUAAUCCCAGCCGAGGAUGUCCGCCAAAAUUACUAAUUUACGAUUUGAGAAAUGGAGACACUUUGUUAUUAAGAUACGAAUUUCCCGCCGGCGUCAUCAACGAUAGAAGUAAUUUGAUCACAUUGGUCACCGAAUCGUACCGAGACGAUUGCCAAGACAGUAUCGCUUACAUAGCCGACGUCAAUGCUUAUGGAUUGGUUGUAUUCGAUUUACCCAACAGAAACAGCUGGAGAGUAGAACACAAUUACAUGUAUCCAUCUCAACACGCUGGUAACUUGAACGUAGCCGGAGUAACUUUUGAUUUAAUGGACGGAUGUUUUGGAUUAGCUCUAGGACCAGGAGACGCAUACAACCGAAGAUUGUAUUUCCACAGUUUGGCUAGUUUCCGAGAAUCCUGGAUACCUGUCGGUGUUUUGAAAAAUACCACCAUUGUACAAAACUCUGAUUUGCUGCGAACGCAAAUCGUACUAAGCGAAGAAGCUCGUACAGGGCAAAGUUCCCUCGAAGUGAUGACCAACGACGGUAUACUUUUAUUCGCCGAUUUACCCAAAUUAGCCAUUAUGUGCUGGAACUCGAACACACCUUUCAAAAGACAAAACAUACACGUUGCCUAUCAACACGAUGAAAAUCUGCAAUUCAUCAGCGGAAUGAAAUUGAAAAGAGAUACAGCUUUGGUGAUCACCACAUCCAGACUGCAGAACUACAUCGCAGGUCGUUUAGUCUAUCCGGAUGUCAAAUACCGUAUGAUUAUCAUCGACGACGUACAUAACUUAUUGAAAGGAUCGCCGUGUAAAGAUCCUUAUUCAUCAUCGAGACCAUCGGCUGGUGUACCAUCGAACCGACCUAGACCUUCUGGACAAGGACAAUAUGAUACCGAUAACCGAUAUGAAUCUGGAUCAUCUUCGAGUCAGCAAGGUCCUCCAUCGAGAGUCAAGCCCCAAGGCAAUGCGCCAGUAUGGAGCAAUAAUAAAUCGACGACUAAAACAAAGCCUUCUUCUUAUUGAAACUUGAAAAUGAAUUUUUUCACACUGUAGGUUAAUAUUGUAUGACGCGUAAAUGUAAUUGUAUAUACGGUUUAUUGUCGCACGAUACGAUCAAUUUAAUGUAGGUAAAAUUUGCAUUUAUGUAAAAAUUAAUAUCAAACAACAACA